UGAGGCCAUAGGUAAGGAAUCCCAACGAGGAUCUUCCAAAAUUGUUGCAUGAAGAUCUCCUCCUGUGUGUCACAAUUCAGGAAUUAAUGCAUUCUGCACGUCAAGAUGAUGGAGGGUUUCCUUCUUGACGUUGCAAAGGAUCAAGUUUCGAAUUUGGUGAAUCUAGUGAAAAAUGAAGUUCAAUAUUUAUGCUGUUUCAACAGUUAUGUUGAAAAUUUUUGUAAAGAAAGGGAAAGGUUGCUUGCAAAGUGCAAGGAUAUCAACAUAGAUAUGGGAAAAGCCAAAGGUGCUUCAAGAGUUACAAAUGAAGUGCAGCAGUGGGCAAGUGAAGCAAAUAGUCUCAUUAACUAUAACAUUAAAGCAAAGAAGUGCUUUUUUGGCUUAUGUCCUAAUUGUUGGUGCCAAUAUCAGUGCGGCAAGGAAUUUGCACAAAAGACUCUGCAAAUAGAAGACCUCCUCAAAAGAUGUAAUAACUUGAGCAUAGUGGCAGGUCAAGUGGAUGUUUCAAGUAUAAAAUACUAUUCACCAUAAAUCUUCCUUGAUUUUGAGAGUAGAAAGUCAAAGUUCCAAGAGCUAAUGAAGGCAUUAGAAGAUGAAAAUUGUAACAUGGUUGGAUUACAAGGCUUAGGGAGAACAGGAAAAACCUCAAUGGCAUUAAAAGUCGGUGAAAAUCUUGAAGGAUCUCAAUUUGACAAAGUUAUCUUUCUUGUUGUGUCUAAGCCUCCUGAUUUCAAAAACAUUCGACGUGAAAUUGCAAGACGUUUAGAUUUGAAAUCAAAUGAUGACAAGGAGGAAGAACUCUCGAAGAGAAUAUGGUCCAAAAUCACUAGUAUGGAAGAAAAGCUACUUGUAAUACUAGAUGAUAUGUGGGAAGAGUUUGAUCUCAAGAAAGAGUUAGGGAUUCCAUUUGUUCUCCAGCGUAAGGGUUGUAGUGUACUAAUAACUACACGCAACUUAAACAUUUGUCAAAAUAUGGGAUGCCAAAAGACAAUUCAACUAGAGAAGCUACAUGAGGAGGAUGCAUUGAAGCUUUUCCAUACAAAUGCUAGUAUUAAUAAUUCCACCAUUUCUAAGAGUCUAGUUCAAGAUAUUGUGAAGCAAUGUGGAGGAGUACCAGUUGCAAUUGUAGCAGUCGCAAGAAUGUUAAAAAAUUGGCCUCCCAAUGAUUGGAAGAUUGCUUUGAAAACCUUGAAGAGUUCUAAGUCAAUACUUGAUGUCAAUGAUGAAAAUUUAAAAGAUGUUGAUAAAUGCUUGAAGUUAAGCUAUGACAACUUGAAGAAAGAAAAGGCCAAAAAACUCUUUUUGAUAUCUUCCAUGUUCCCAGAAGAUGAAGAAAUUCCUGUUCAAGUUUUAAGCAAGAUUGGUAUAGGGUUAAGCUCUUUUGGAGAAAAUGACAAGGAUUAUUCAGAAAGAAUAUUGGAAGUGCAUGCUGCUAUAAGGCAACUCACAAGUUCUUCUUUGCUGUUAAGUAGUGAAAGAGAUCUUGUGAAGAUGCAUGAUUUGGUUCGUGAGGUGGCCUUGAGGAUAGAAGACAAAUAUAUUCAAUCAAUCACAGAUUUGAAAAAGCCUAUAAAAGAGAACUUGAGAUAUUUGCUUUGGAAGAAUGAUAACUUUCCUGAUGAAUUUAAUGGAAAGAAAUUGGAGUUCCUAUUAAUCUUUUUAAGUGGUUCAGAGGAUUUAGAUCGCUCAGAAACAUUCUUUAAUGAGAUGAGAAGUCUCAAAGUUUUCAUUUUAGAUCGCUAUAGUUAUUACCCAAGAAUUCAAGUCCUAUCAUUGGCAAAUUCACUUCAAUCAUUAAAGGAGAUUCAAACACUCAUCUUGAAAAAUUUAGAGUUAGGAGACAUCUCUAUCUUAGGAAACUUGUUGAGUCUUGAGACUCUUUGGUUUUAUGAUUGUUCAAUCAUUAAAUUACCAAUAGAAUUUUUGAAAUUAAAGAAGUUAAGAUCAUUGGAGGUAGAAGAAUGUGAAAUUGAAGAAAAUAAUCCUUUUAAAGUGCUUGAAAGAUGCUCACAAUUAGAAGAGUUAAUUUUUAUUGGCAAUAGGUGUGAUGAAGAAGAAGAAGAAGAUGCAAUUUCUCAAAAUGGAUCUCCUCUUACAUUACAUAAAUAUUGUAUAUCUUCUAAUCAUCUUUCAUAUUAUUUUCAAAAUCAUGGUUCCAUGUUAAGAUGCUUUAUAAUAGACGAACUAAGUCAUUUAGUCUCAGAUGCAACAUUUAAGAAACUUGUGAAAAGAGCCGAGCUUCUUAUCUUGGAAGGAGAGCAUGAACAAAGAAUAUGGAAGAAUCUUGUCCCUGAUCUUGUUGCAAUAGAUGAGGAAGAAACAUUGAAUGAUUUGAUUAUUCUUCAUUUGAGCUCAUAUCCUCACUUGGAGUGUCUUGUAGAUACUAAUGGUCAUAAUUCUGGUGUGACUGCUUUUUGUAAUUUGGUUGAACUACACCUCUCUAGAAUGGACAUUGAAGAUUUAUUUUCAGGUUCUCAACCGUCUAACUUUUUGGAGCAAUUAGAGAUCAUGAGGUUGAAGGAGUGUCAGAAAUUGAGGAGCAUAUUUUCCAAAAGCAACUUCAACUUAUGUCAUCUAAAGUCUAUAGAAUUGGAAGAUUGUCCAAUGUUGACAACAAUUUUCCAACCAUGCACGGCUCAAAGUUUGAAGGAAUUGAAAGAAUUAACAAUUAGAAAUUGCAAUGAGCUUGAACACAUCAUAGUGGGUGAAGAUGGCAACAGUAAUCAAAAGAGUUAUGACUCAUUGUUCCUAAAAUUAAUAACUUUUCAAAUCAAAGGGUGCAACAAAUUAAGAGUAAUAUUUCCAAUCCUAUAUGCUAGAGGCCUUCCACCUCUAGAAAAGAUAGGUAUAUAUGAGAGUGAGCAGCUGGAAUACAUAUUUGAUAAGUUACAAGAGGGGGAAGAUGCUAUGCUCCCCUCACUGAAAGAGAUGGAACUUUGUGGAGUACCAAGACUAAGUGGAAUUUUUAGAAACUAUGAGCAACUCAAGAGUUCAUCAAUGCAAAAGCCAUCAUCUCCACUUUCAAGACAUAAGUCCAACAACAUACAUCAAAUUCCUACCACAUGUGCUCUCUCUUGGGUUCGAGCAUGUUGUUCUCUCAAUAAAUCGAGGCCAGCUAGUGAAGAGACUAAUCUUAUUGUUUCUCAUCAUGGACCACUUGACCGCACAAACCUAAUGGGAUUAUUCGCAUCAAAGAAAUGGAUAGAUACUGCUGCUAUUAUUGGUGGACAACUAUUCCUUGUUUGUCAUAUCAAGAAGAUGAAACUUGUAGAUUUCUCCUUAAAUUCAAAAUCAACAUUGUUCACUUUAUCCAUGGCAUCAAUGAUAUUGUGGGAAGAAUUGACAAUAAAAAAAUGUGAUGGAUUGAAGCACUUGGUAACCAACGAUGAAGAUGAUUAUAAAGAUCAAAAAAACUGUAGUUCCAUUUUCCCAAACUUGAAAAAGCUAAAAAUCAAGGAGUGUAAUGACAUGGAUUUUUUAUUUCCAUCCACAAUAUCAUUAGAAAUUAAAAAUUUGAGGUCUUGGAUGAUUAGAGAUGCUCCUAAACUAACACAUAUUGUUGGGCAGUACCAUCAUGAGGAUCUUUCAGCAAAUCAAAAUCAACAAAAUGAGCAGCACUUUGAUCUUCCUACUUUGGAGUUCCUCUGCUUUAAAGGUGUGCCAAGUAUGAUAAGCAUUUGUGUCCAGAAUUAUUAUUUCUUGGUAUCGCCAUCUCUUCAUACUAUUUUUUUGGACAAUUGUGGCAUCAUAUCUUUUACUGAUUUGAUCAUUUGUCCAAGUGAAGAAUGCUUGAAUUGGGAAAUCACAAAGGAAACAAACGUAUCCAGAGAUGGAGUCACCAACUUACAAGCAGUCCAAGGCCCAUUAACUCAAUCAUUGAAAAAUAUAAAGGAUAUGAAACUCCAAAACUGUUCAAAGCUUCUAUCAUUGUUCACUCUACCGACUGCCUCAACGAUUUUGUUAGAAAAUUUGACAAUCCAAAGUUGUCACCAACUGAAGUACAUUGUAGAAGUUGAAGAUAAUGCUCAAGUUUCCACGAAAUGCCGCUCCAUUUUUCCAACUUUAAAGAAUCUAGAAAUUGAUGAUUGCAAAGGGUUGGGAUUUUUAUCUCCUUCCUCAUUACCAUUAUCUGUGCAACUUAAGAGUCUCAAAUCUUUGACUAUCAAGGGUGCUUCUGAGCUAAAAUGUGCUAUUGGGAAAUACGAGCAUGAGGAUCAUUUAUCCAGUCAAAAUCAACAUCACGAGAUGCACUUUGAUCUCCCAGCUUUAGUGUUCCUUUGCUUUCAAGAUGUCCCAAAUAUGGGCUAGAUUUAUCCACAAAUGCAGUUCAUCGAGC